UAUAUAUUUUUAAGAACAUUUAUAUUUAUGUAUCUAAUAAUAAUACUUUUUAUGCAUAAGAUUUUAUACUUAAAUCUGUGUGUGGCUUUGUAUAAAUUAAUUGCGUUAGUUGGUACCGCUGCGUGAUAAUUUUGUACAAAUACAUUAAUGAAGGUUAAGAAUGUUUAUGUCAGAAAAAUAGAAAAUGCAAAAUGAGUCUAAUUUGAUUGAGUUUGGGACGUCCGCUGCUAUAUGUCUCUCCAAUAAUAUACUCAGCCAGAUAAUAACUAUAUAGAUGUCAUUUCUGAUUUAUUGAUAUAUAAAGUUACAUGCGAAAAUCGUACACUCACCUGUUGACUAAUUCAAUGAAUUUCUUUCAAAGUCUUUCAGUUGACUUUACUUUCCUAAAAUUUAUGUAAAAAUGGCAAUUCUUAAAGAUGAGGAAACGGGAGAAAUUUGUCGAAAGUUUCCAGAAAUUGAUACAGAAACUGGUGAAAAAACUUUAGUUCUCACAGAACAAAAUAAACAUGUUGCACCAACUCGAAAAUUUCACAUACCAAAAGAAUAUCUCAAAGUAGAUAGUAAACAUAAGCAAAAAGCCAAGUAUAAUGAAAUACAAGAGGCUUUUCCGAUAUGUGAUAGAGAAAAGUAUUAUUCACUCAAUGAAAAUAUAAUACUUGGCCAAAAUACUAUGAGCCAUCGAUUGUUAUUACUUUUGCCUGUGUUACUUGUUUUUCCUAAGCUCCCAACUGUUCUGAUAGCAAUUUUCGAAAUUAUUAUUCAUAUGUGGUGUCAUAAGAAAAAUAAACAGCUUUCUGAUCCAGGAUUAUAUUAUCGAAGUCCUUUGCAUAUUGUGACUUCUGAAUAUUGUGCAUAUUGCACCAGCCAAAAACAAAUGGAUAAAAUAAGUAAAAUACAAGACAAAAGAAAAUAUAGGCAUUUCAAAUCAACUUGUAAAUAUGUAUCGACUUAAGAUUAAAUAUGCUUGAAUUGUAAUGAUGUAAAUUAUGUAAAUAUAUUAUACUAUGUUUCAACUAGAAGAUUUUUGCAAAUUAAGUAUACCAUUACAUGAUCAGAGAAAAAAAUACAUUCUUUAUU